GUCAAAAUCGUAAAUGACAACUGAGGCUGUUGACAUUGGCCAACAAUUACUGUUACCAUGGCAAUUGCUUCUUGAUGUAACUGGUUUAUAUAGUGCCGCAAGGCCAGUGGCAUAGUGUGAACACUAAAUUGCGCCAGUGAGUCUAAACAUGACUGGUCGACGCAACAACCAACCGGCCAAAUGUGACCGGGCAUUAGGAUUUUUUUGCGUUCUGGUAACAAAAUCUUAUCUAUUAAAAGUCUCUGUCAAUGUCAAAAACCUGCCAUAUGAUACGAUCUUUAUCGGAGGUUUAUAUCGUUAUUAUUGACUUUCAUAAAAUUAAAUGUCCUUUGUAGAAACACAAACUUGAAAUAAUAUCUCUAUUAUAUCAUGGAAAAAGAGGGCAUAACUUAUUGUCUUUUCUGCGCCGAGAUAAAAUGUUUCAGCAAGUUAAUUAAUUUGCACACCAAUGGAAUGUUACACAAAACUGCAAUUAAAUUGUCUCGUUUGAAUAUUUCUUACGAUGAUCUUGACGCUGAAAAAUUACCGAGAAUGAUAUGCAUUUCUUGUAUGGAAAAAUUAGAUAAAGCAUUCGAAUUCGUUUCUGAAGUCGACAAAGCAUUGGUGAUGUUGAAAGAACUGUACGAAAAGAAAUUAAAAACCGAAGGUAGCUCCACAGAAAAUCAAGAAAGUGAUGUGCACGAUAGUAUAUCCGAAUACAGCGUAAAUAUUAAACCAGAUGUUGCGGAAUCUUCAGACUCAGAAGCAAGUUAUAAUUCUACAGGUAAGAAGCGCGACUCUUCUGGUGAAAGAUCUCACAGUGAUGAAGUGAAAAUUAAUUUAGAUGUAUCUUCAAAAGAGUUAAGUUGGCAUGACUACAUAUGGACAUGUGCAUACUGUGAAACACAGUUUACUGCCCUUGCAGAACUUCAAACACAUUCAAUGCAAUAUCACCAAUGUUGUAAUGCAUACAAAUGCUAUGAUUGUAAAAUAUGGAAGAUGAAUUUGAAACAAUUCAUAAUACAUGUCAAAAGUCAUAAGAAAUAUCUGAAAUUAGUCUGUCAUAAGUGUAACAAGAAAUUUAUGUUUGCAUGUCAUGUCCAUAUGCAUAUGAAGACUGCACAUGCUACAAAAACACCCUUUGUUUGUCUGGGAUGUGAUGUUGAUUUUCAAAAUCAAGAAGAACUGAGUAAUCAUAGCAGAGCAUUUUAUAAAAAUAAGAGAAGGAAAUAUAUCCCAUUACGAAUAAAGUCUAAUACAAAUGAUUUAUUUUGUAUUACAUGCAAAAAAUCUUAUAAAACAAAAGGAACACUCCAUGCGCAUUUAUUAACUCACACUGAAAGAAAAAGAGAGCACAUUUGUGAGAAAUGUGGCAAGGGUUUCUUGAGAAAACGGGAUUUAGCAGAACAUACUUCAAUACAUGAUGAACGUAUACAUCAAUGUAAAAUAUGUCAGAUGAAAUUCAAAACAUUAAGGAUUUUGAAACAACAUGAAAGCAUUCACAGUACGGAUAAGCCAUUUAAAUGUAACGAAUGUGGUAGAGACUUCCGUCUGAAGAAUCAACUCACUACGCACAGCAUUAUUCACACUGACUCCAGACCGCAUGAAUGCAAUUAUUGUGACAAAAAAUUUAGAUUUAGAAGUGUACUUCAUCUCCAUUUACGACAGCAUACUGGAGAAAAGCCAUACUCAUGUGAUAUAUGUGUGCGGAAGUUUACAAAUUGGCCUAAUUAUAAUGUUCAUAUGAAAAGAAUGCACAAAAUAAAUAUGGCAAAGAAGAAAUUACCUGCAAGUGAUACAUCAAACACCAUCAUAAACAAUUUAGAAAGUAAUGAUACACUUGGAUGAUGGAAUCAGAUUUGUUUAGGAACAGAAAGUAACAGCCUAGCUGAACGCUAGUCAUGUCAAAGUAUAAAAGUUAUACUUAGUCAUGUCAAAGUAAUUUAAAAGUUUAAAACAUUUUAACAUCUAGAUUUUAGGUACUAACUAUCAAGGACAGGAUCCUUAUAAAAAGGAAUCUAUCCAAUCCUUUAGUAGUUGAUCUACGCUAUUCAAAAGGAAGAUUUAAAUAAUUUUUACUUUUGGGUACAGCAAAGUUUUGAACUAAGUUGGCAGCAUUCAUUUUAUUCCGUCCAAGUAUGGAUUGUCUUUGUGAGGGGGCUAACAUAGCCAGCAUGUACCAUAUUAAGCAACAUCCUUUACCAUCAGAGGUUGUAAUUAAGCACUGGUUUGUUCAUUGUAAAGAAAAAAAUGUCCAGUGAUAUAGGGUAAAGACAGACAUGUUAACAUACAAACUUUAAUCUUUGUUCAAAGCAGAAAUUCAAUUAACCAGAUUUAUUUUUCUUCUCUUUGAGAUGUUAGAUGUGUAUGAAAGCAUUUUUGUUUAUUUGAGACAAUAUUAAUUAUGUAAAAAAAUUUUUUCACUGAGCUAAUAUAAGAUUAUAAUCAGUGGAAUUAUGAAUAAAAGAGAUUGUGUAAAUAUAUUUAUUUAUGUGCAAACAAAGCUAAACAUCUAGGCGAUAUAUUAGCAUUAACAAUCUUUCUACAAGUUGUAUUUAAUAAGCCAUUUUCCCUUAAAUAAACAAUCCUGUCUAGUAAAAUAAAGUUUUCAAUAAUAGGUUGCAACUGGUUUUGUAAUAAAAUAAAUAUGGCGGCCUUUUUAAAUGUCACUGGUGGUAAAUCACGCCAAAUUGUAAUUAAUUCCUCGACAGCAGCUUUUGCAUUAAACGAUUUAUUAUAAAAA